UAUCCGUCUGGAAUCCGAGAUACAAAAGUCAUUUUGUCACAAUUUUCAUAAAAAAAAAGAACAACACUCGAUUUAAUCGUUGUUUUUUAUUUUUAUCAUGAACCAUUGUUACUUUAACGUUCAUUUUCUAGUAUUAUCAUCAAUAAUCUAUCGUACGGCGAGCACAACGAUCAAAAAUUUCUCGCGAUUCUCUCGUAUUUAGUCAUUGAUUGAACGAAAUACGAUAACCUAGAAUCGCGUAUCGUAACCGCAGCAUAUAUUGCACGACAUUUGCACGAUCGAUCCGUCGAGUAGUUGUAUUCUGCAAACACUGCUUCUGAAUAAUUUAUAAACAUAAUUUGCAAUACAGAUGUAACGGAACGAGAAACAGUCUAAUUUGUUGUAAUCCGUUAUAAAAUAUAAGAGCUCGUAUCUGGGUCCCGGUAUCACGAAACGCACAAAGUGCAGCAAAGAGAUCCAACUGCAAUCAAGUUACUUCUGCGCUAUGCGGCGGUAGGGAAAAAGUAGUAGAACGUACAGAAAAUAAACUUCAUCCCUAUACUUAAAAACGUCAUCGUCUACGUUGCACCGUUUAUAAUUUGUUAUUUUUCAAUAAUAUACCGAGUUUGUUGCAAUUAAAAAUUAAAACAAUGGAUGUGUCCGCGUUUUCCGAAGAUACUUUUGAUGUCAAAGAAUGGAUUAACAAAACUUUCAAAUCCGCCGAGGCACAAGAAAAUAAGGAUGCAUUUGUUUCAUCCCUAGUAAUGAAGUUACAAUUAUAUGUGCAACAAGUCAAUGGUGCUUUGGAAGAGACCAGUCAGUCUGUACUCUCAAGUUUACCAAGGGUUCUAAGGGAUACUCAACUUUUACAGCAAGAAGCCAUAGCUUUAAGUGAAAAAAUGGUUGCUGUUAAACAAGAAAUAGAAAAGGUUGAAAAAGACACUGCAUCAUCAAUGGCAACAUUAGAAAGGAUAGAUAAGAUAAAAACAGAUUUACAGACUGCCAAACAAGGUUUACACGAGGCUGAUAAUUGGACUGUAUUGGCCAAUGAUGUUGAGGAGGUAUUUGAAUCAGGUGAUAUAGAAGCUAUUGCAAACAAAUUGUUCAGUAUGCAAAAAUCACUGGCAAUGCUUGUGAAUGUUGUUGAUUAUGAAGAUAAAAAGUUGCAACUGGAAGGUUUAAAAAAUCGUUUAGAAGCAAUGGCUAGUCCAAGAUUGGUACAAGCAUUUACUGCUGCAAAUUUAGAAGAGUCUAAAGUUUAUGUGGACAUAUUUAGUAAAAUGGACCGGUUACCACAACUCCUUAAGUAUUAUCACAACUGUUUGAAAAUCUCGUUGGGACAAGAAUGGCGUAGAACUAUCGAGUUAGCUCAAGAUGAAAAUGUUUCCUACUGGUUACAUACUUAUUAUGAUAAGCUGUUGUCCACUUGGAAUGAUCAAGUGAAAUGGUGCCAUCAAGUAUUUCCAAAUACUUCAGUUGACAUUAUAGUCGAAGUGUAUGCUGAUCUUCUAAGAAGUUUAGAUCCAGGCAUUCCAGAAUGUAUAGAAUCAGUUUUGAAACAGCAUUCAAAUGCUAUGCAAUUGUCGCUAUUGCUCGAACUUAAACAAAUCACAAGACAUUUUGUAGUGAACCUACAGGGUGUUAUCGAAUCAUCUUCGCACGGAAAAUUACAGAAUUCGAAAUUGUUGUCAUUAGCGCAAGCAAUAUAUUCACCUUAUGUUCCAUAUGUUGUUAAGUAUCAUGUUUAUGAAACUGCACAACUAGAACAUCAGUUACAAUCUAUCGAUUGUACCCAAGAUGAUUUAAGUGAUACAAUCAGUACUCUUUCCCUUAGCAUUUCGAGAGUAAUGGAGUAUGCCAAUGAAGCAAAUAAAAGAUGUAAACUGUUUACAGAUGGUUGUGGAUAUCCUGGUUUACUAAAAUCUUUAAAUACUUACUUUAAUAAAUACCUUGAUAAGUAUCAAGCAACCAUACGGCAAUUGGAACGCAAGAAAGUGAAACACGAGGAUUGGAACUUGUUUCAAAUGUGUCUCACUUUGAUGCAAACUAUAGGCGAUCUUUUGGGCCAAGUACAACAGUUUGAAAAGUGUUUGGUAAUCGAUAUAACCGAGGCUAAUAAUAAAUUACAAAGUACGACUGAUAGUGUUUUCAAUCAAUACAAAAAAUUACUUUUGAAUACAUCGAAUCAAACAGACCUAGAAAAUUUGGUUUCAUCUUUCCAAAAAGAGGAAGAAACAAUUCUUGAUGCUAUAAUAAAAUCUAUUCACAAAUUGUGCUCGGAUUUACAUCGUGCGACAUACGAAGUGAUAUUUGCUCCUAUUUUUACUCAGUUAUUAUUAGUACAAAAGGCGCCCGCAUGGUCGACCGAAACAAAUAAAAUGACUCAUUUAAGCGCAGACUUACCUGAUUAUAGUUUUGCACCUCAAGAAUAUAUAACACAGGUUGGGCAGUAUUUGAUGACGUUACCGCAACAUUUGGAACCGUUCUUGCUUAGAGAAAAUCCGAGUCUCAAUCAAGCGCUAAAAGCAGCAGAUCCUCAGUAUGCGCAGGGUACAACUGAAUCCGGAUUUACGGGUAUCUUGUUGGAUAUUAUUGCUAAAGGAACAUGUCAGAUGUUUCUGGAUCAGACUCUAGGAAUUUGUCAAUUUCUAAGCUCUGCCGCCUGCAAACAACUUGCUACGGACAUAGAUUACCUUGGUAAUGUGCUAGAAGAACUUGGUUUAUCUUUGUCAGAAAAUUUGCAACAUAUGUCCCUUUUAUUGAGAUUAUCGCCGGAAGAUUAUCAAACCGGAAGUUCCGGAUGUAACGCCAGAGUUGUAGCUGCGGUGAGGCAAAUGCGAAAUAUCACGUUUUCUGGGUAGUGAAUAUGUAAAAAGGUAAGUAUGUUUUAAUUAUUGUAUAAAAACUGCAUUUCUAUAAAUAGAAUAUAUUUUUACAACGUGGAAAUGAUAAAAUCUCCUUAGUAUUGUUAUUUUAU